AUGUUUGGCAAUACUCUCCUAAUUAUGAAUCUAAAAGAUGAUCAUAUGUCAAAACGUGAUCAAUGUGGUGCAAACAUUUCUCAUCUGUCGCACUUUCCAGACGAAGAAGAGUUUUUAAUAUGCCCAGGAAAAAUAUUUUAUUUUACGGGUUAUGAAUAUGACGAUCGCAAUACUAAACAUGUUAUUUAUUUAUCGUGGUCAAACUCAGAUGAUUUAUUCAACCUUCAAAGUGAUUAUGUUUGA